CGAGUAGUGAAGGAAAGGAGGUUCCAGAAAUGCUUCGUGUAGCAGUCUCCACUAAAACCUCGGAAAAGGAAAAGAAGCAGGCGGAAGAGGAGUUUAAGAAAAUUAGUCUGAGUUAUGAAACUAUUCUUAGUCUAAUAAACCUUCGGAAACUUACCCAGUCAAAGGAAACGGCAACCGGCUCCGCUAUUGACUUCGGGGAAGAAGGUCCCUCCACUUCUCCGACUAGCGAACCACCUUUCUCUUUUGGUAAAGGAAAGGGCGAAGAAAAAGUUGUCGAGACUGGCAACAAUGGUUCGGCGGGCGGUAGUGGAGAACGGGCUGAGGAAACCAAAGAAGGGGAUGGCGAUACUGAUGAAACUAUUAAAAAUGAAUUAAUAAAUAUGAACCCGCAAGAACAAAUAAAAAAAUUAAUUGAUAAUUUACUGACUCUCAAAGUGGAAGGAAACCAAGUCAUCAACGAGAUAGAAUUUUUCACCCGCUUUAAACAUUUAAGCAAAAGUAAAUUAAAUAAUAAAAGGGCGGUUAUCGCCGCA